AUGCUUGAUAUUAGCAUCUAUUCACCGAGCGAUUCAGAACACUGGUUCAAAUAUCUGACUUUCGAACCUGAUGUUUCUAUUCAAAACUUUGACCAAUAUCUCAAAGAAAAGCAAAGAGCUUUACAUGAGUCUAGUGAUAAACAGCAUGGUUGGAAUGCUGCUUGUCAGGAAUCUCUCCCGGAGUUGUACGCCAUUGAAACAGUUUUUGAAGAAAUCAUGGGAGAGGGUCCAUUUGAUUCAGAAGAAGAAGAAUUUGAGUGGUGGAGCAAACUCCCUUUUAUUCCAGCAGUAACAGGAAUCCAUUUACGUCAACAGACUAGACGGCGAUGGAAACCAGCUGCCCUUGAGAGGCUGUUCUCUCGGUUUCCCAGGCUUGAAGAUAUUCAUCAUGAACCUUGGAGAGAAUGGUAUAGCGGUAUUGAGCGAUUUACAGAUAGUGCGUACGAGCGCAUGUUCAAGUCGCUGCCAAAUGUCAAACGACUUGUACUUUUCGAGAACUUCAACCAAGAAUAUCCAGCGAGUAUUUACUAUGCUGAAGAAUUUCGCAUCCCAUCCUCCGCUGUGGGUCGAGCAAUUGGCCUUGCCAGCCUGAAGCUUGACACUUUAUCCGCAUCCUUUAUACUCGAUGCCACUGACUUCUUCACCAUUACUACCGGGCAUACAAAUUGGCCCUUUCUUACCUCCCUUAGCUUGACUUCAAACCUGCUUAUGCCCGAUGCAAGUACAACCGAGCUAAGCAGUAUGCUUGAAUUAGCCGCAAGUGCGGUGAAGAGGAUGCCAAAGCUGCGAGUUAUGGAAAUAUGGAAUGGAAGAAAGGGAGUAGCAGCAGUCUUUCGAUACCAAAGAGAUCAUGGUAUUACUUGGAGGGCGACAUGGGACAUGGACUUCGAGUCUAAUGUGAAAAAGUCGUGGAAGUCUGUUUGGCAGAUGCGUCGCUCUGCUUUCGAAUGGACUAUUACUAAGGAGGCUAUUGGCUGCGGCAAGGAUAUCCAAUCACAUGGAGAUGCAAUUAUUCAAUUGCAGCUUAUAACUGAGGUUCUUCGACCUAUUUCACUACAACAGAUUCAGAUAGAGCACAAGAUGCGAGCAGCAUCGGGUGUGUGCUUGGACAGACACUGA